CGCUGGCCUUCCUCAUUCCCUUUCUCGCUGGCGGCUCUGUUCCCCUCUUCAGCUCCAUCUCUGCUCGCUCGGACUCCGUUCCGGCGAGACAUGAAGGUAUCUAGACUCCGUACCGGGAAAAUGAAAAUGUUGGCAGACUAAACCGAACGAGCUACCGCCUACAGUUCUCAUUUUUCCUUUUCUCUUUCGCCAUUCGUUGAGAUUUAGUUUGGCUUUGAAAUUGGAAUUUCUCAAUUGCUGAUUGCUCGGAAGCAUCGAGCGAGCUUUGUUCAAUCUUGUUGUAAACUAAUUGGAUAAAUAAUGUUCUUCAAUAAUUCCCACCUGACUCUUCUUGAUUUUGUUUCCUCGCCUUUCUGUGAUUUGGAUGGUCCGGUGGUAGGGUAGAAUAAGAUGAACGACACCGAAGAUGGACCGAGAUCGGCGGUUGCUUACACGACACUCUCGUCCGUCGGAUCUUGACGGGUGGAGAAUAAAUUAAUCAUAUUAAUUAUUUUGUUAUUUAAUUAAUUUUUAUUAGAUAGUAUGGUAAAUGAUAUACCGAAAGUAAGUGGAAUGAUGAGGUGGAUAAAUAAAUUAAAUUUUUAUUGUUUUUAAAUUUCCACAUCAUCUAGUUAACGGUCAAAUUUUAUAGUUGACUGUCACGUAGGAGAAAAUUUAACGGAGUGUAACGGUAGGUGACUAAUGAUGAAACGAUUCGUAAAGUUACUGCCGAAUAAGAAAAAAAAGUAAUUUAGAUGACAAACAUAAAAGAAUUGCAUAAUUCGAGUGAUCAAACGUGCAAUUUAGCCGGUUUAAAAGGAAUGAAAAGCAAUUAAUGGUUUUACUUUUCUUAAGCAUAAUAAAUUCAGGCCCAACAAAAAAGUACUUGAGAAUCGAGCAUCAGGAAGUUUGACCGUUGACGGCUGAAAAUGAAGCAAGUGAAAUCAUUUGGUAGAGUUACAUCCUGUGACGGAGUGUGUUCACUGUACUACUACUGUACACACCAACUCGCAUAAUUUGAUAUUUUACCUUCUUUUCCUGAUGAUAAAACUUACAUCAAACCCAGAAAAAGGAAAAACAAAAACAAAAGAGAAGUCCUUCCUAUCGGGAACCCCAAAAAGAAAAGAGAGACCAUCCUUUUGGUUUGCUCUUCUCCACUCCCACCUCUCUCGCCCCCUGUUUCUGUAUCUUACAAAUCCAAUCCGCCGAUCGCCACUGAUUGGUUGAUCAGUUCCUCCAGUUGGGUUCGGCGUUCUUAGAUCUUCAAGAAACCCAGGUACCGAAUUGGGUUUCUGGUGGUGGAGGGAGUAAAAAGAAAAAAACAAAGAAGCAGAUGGAUAAUCAUCAACCACCGCCUCCUCCGGCGACAGCGGCGGCGGACUCCAGCGCUGGCAACAGCAGCAGAGAUCAGUACCUCAAAAGCCUCAACAAGCUCUCCCACAAGAUCUCCAAACCCACUAUCCCAAAAAAGCCUUUCGAUCAUCCACCCAACAAUGAUGAUAACAACAACGACUUCAAUCCUCCACCGCCGAUGCCCCCUGCCUCCUCCCAACCGCCGCAGAGCCAGAACCAGCCUCCGGUCUACAACAUCAACAAGAGCGAUUUCCGCGACGUCGUCCAGAAGCUGACCGGAUCCCCUGCUCACGAGCGCUUCUCUGCUCCGCCGCCCAUCCACGCACCAAAACCCCAGAGCUCUCGCCUGCAGCGGAUUCGCCCUCCGCCGCUCGCCCACCUCACCAAUCGCCCACCUCCGAUCAUCAACAACCCUUCCGACGUCUCGUCUCUCCCUCCCCAGCCGUUCAAUCCCGCCGCCGCCCAAGGGUUCCUCCACCGCCCUCCCGCUCCCAUGUCUCCGUUACCGCCGUUUCCGGCAGUCCACGCGGCCGCGGAGUCGCCAGUCUCCGCUUACAUGCGCUACCUCCACAACUCCGUCCCUAAUUUCGAUCCUAAUAACAAACAGUUCUCUGGGUUCUCGCCCCUGGCUCCCCUUGUUUCACCGCGCUGGAACAGCAAUUCAGCUCUGCCGCCGCCUCCGCCUCCGCCGCCGCAGCAGCAGCAAGGGGUGCUUCCGUCACCGACUUCGCACCCACAGUUCCAGCUGCCGCUCUCGCCGCUGCCGUUUGGGUGUUUGAAUUCGCCUCGGUCUUCGUACCCGCUGCUUUCACCGACUGCUUUCCCUCUCUCGCCGACAGUGCCUGUACCCAGCCCGAGGUGGAAGGGGCUCUGAAAAGAAUGUUGCUUUUCUGUCUCAGGUAAGUGUUUCCUCCAUUUGGGGGGUUUAUGCAGAAAAUAACAAGAAAUUUGUUUGUCAGCUGAGUGUUAGGUCUAGAUUUUAGGGUUCUGAACUUCUGAUCAUAUGGGUUCUCUCUUUAAUGUGUACAUAAACCGGAGGGGUUUAUUGGAUUACUGGUGAUUCUGAUAGAAAAGGUGAUCGACACAGAAGGGUUUAAGGGUACAUGGUUGGUUGGUUUGUUAUCUUGUAAAUGAAUACCCAAGUGCAAAGACAUGUGAAAUAGGACAAUUCCCCCGUUGGAUGAUGGACUUCUCUUUCUUUUCACUUUUUCGGCUUGAAAUGAAAGCUUUCCAUAUGAACUAUGCAACCAAAUACAGUUGAAUCUUUGUCCAGUGCUGUUUCUUACCCAAUUCGAAAUUCGAAUGUGUAUUUUGUGAUGUUUAUAUUGUUCUUCAGGGAACUUGUGUGAUGAUAUUCAUGAUAUCUGUACAAGUUCUGGUGGUCUUUUGUGAAUUGAAGAGCCUAUAAAGGGUACUUUGUGUUUGUAUUCUAGUGUCAUUACUGUGUCUUCUGCUUGUGCUAUGUGCUAUCUCAAGGUACUGGAAUUUGGAAAGCUGUGUUUGAGAAUGUGGUUCUGAAGAGGAGUUGUUCGAUCUUCAGUUUAAAUGUGAGGAUUUCUAGUUGAAAAGAAACUGAAGUGAUUCUCUGCUAGACUGUAAAUUGCUGGUUCCCGGUUAGGUUUGGUAGAUGUCCACUUCCAACGCAUUUUUGACUCUGUGUUUGGCUGGUUGGACCAUGCAUUUUGAAAGCGUAGCUUAAAUUUGAUUCAAUGGAACUACUUUUUGUACUAGAACCUGCACUUACAGUAAAUGAUGCAAGCAGCGAGACACAGACUGGAAGCCCCCCCGAGCCAAUUAGGAAGGUCUUAAGAGUCUUCAGGUUAAGUUAGGUCCAGACACUUCUGUGUUUUCGCUCUAGUGUGGGUUUUUGAGAACAGAAGGCCAUGCUGAAAAAUUUCUCUGAUGGCCACUGACUAGGUGGUGCUGUUCUAUGUUGGUAAUGUUGAAAUCAUCUGAUAGUUUUAGAAUCUCUGAGUAUGUUGUGAAACAAGUCAUUGGACUCGAAUCAUGUUGAGUGCACCAUAGGCGUCGAUUUGGUUGUGUUUAGUUUCUUUGAAUUCCAGUAUCUGUGACUUUAGAAUUUGAAUCCUAGCUAUAUAUUGCAACGUCAGGUAGGUUCUAACAGUUGUGCAGUGUCAUGUACCUGGCUGCUAAAUACUGGUUCUGAUUUUCCUUUAUUUCACUCAGGAAAAAAAAAAAAGAUAUUCCUUUACUUGUAUGAACAAUAUAUCCUUUGCCCUUUUGUCAGCUAGUAAGAGAUGCAUUGGCUUAAUCUCCUCAUCUGAUAAAACUUUUACACAGAUUGGCAAGGUAUGUGAGAAUCAGAUGCAUUUCUCCACUGUGGAUUUGUUUGGCAAGAAUGGUUGGUUGUUUUUACGCGUCUCCUUAAAUUGUAACGCAUAGUGAUUUAUGACAAAAGGGGCGAUCAAAGUCAUGCCCGUUUCUUUUGCAUGGAGUUUAGUUAGGAGGGAGGCGGCAUUUUUUAAGAACCAUUUGUUGAUUCUGGAACUGUAACUGGUGAUUUGCAGCGAAGCUCAUUGCAAUAAGUAGUUUACCCGUGGUAUUACCACUGGACCAAUUACCAGAAAACCUUUAGAAAACCAGCACCUUGUUGAUGUACCCAAAGCUCGAAAAUAUGAACAAUCACAAACCUGAAAAACACAGCAACAAGAAUUAUCUACUGCAAGGCCAUUUCUUCUAACACUUCCUUCCAGGGACUACACAAGGUCAAGAAUCAUUACAACUCCAAUCAGUAACAAUUGAGCCUAAUGAACCAACUUCCAGUAGCAUGAAGCAGCAGCAAAUAAACCAGCACCAAACCUUCUAUUCCAAAUUCCUUAUGGUCUGUUUCUCUCCCUCGAUUCCACACUAGGCUUUCCUUCUGCAAAUCAUAGCAAAACAACAAGCAGCCUUAGUAAUAAUACAAUCAAGUUAACAUUAAGGGUUAUUACGCAACAAGCAAGUUCUUUGUUCAUCAACCUAGAGUUACUAAUAGAAAUCAUGCAAUUAAAAUGCUACUAAAACUCGGAUUAGCCUGCAUGUUGGAAACUAGUAGCUCUGUUGGGAUGCUCUAACCUUAAACAUUCACUUCAUUAUUCCAUAUUUAAUUUCCAUCUAUGUGGUUUGGUGACAUAGACUUCAGUGAUUUCUUAAGAGCACACCAUCCCUUUGAUUAUUUAUCCCAGGUUUAUCGAUAGAACCUUGUAAGCGUUCAUUAUUCCAUCUAUGUGGUUUGGUGUUCGUCUCCUCCAAGUCAGGCCGUGGAGCAAAAACCCCCCGAGUUCACCGUCCUGAGCCCCUGGUGGCUUAACCUUUGUGCCUGGAGGCCCACGAGAGAAGAGGAUAGCUGAACCGGAGAGUCGCAACGAGUGGAAUCGUCAAAACAUCAUGACUGAAGAACGAUGAUGAUGUAUUUGAUGAAUGGUGAAACUUUUAUGGGUUCCAACAAACAAGCCACAAUCAAUGAACAAAACAACAACCAAAAGAAAAAAGGAGUACCCCAUAAAAAAUCAGAAAAAAUGGAUGAAUUCCCAAAAUACACAUGUUUUUUUUUAAAUCCUCAAAAUACACACAUUAUAAAAAAAUUCUCAAACUACACAUGUUUGGCCAUCACCGUUGUUGUCAAAGCGGUGAAUGCAUCACUGCGGUUGACGGCCGCGGUCAAUGCCUGACUGAACAUUGAAAUUUCAAACAAACAUAACUUUGCGCU